AUGUCGCAUUUAGUUUUAAAACAGUUGGCACCUACAGCCCUCCUCUCCUUUUUUGACAUCUCCUUCAUUAAUGUGCUUCAACUUAGGUAUGACUUUUUAUUUCAGACAAAUCUUCCUAUUUUCAAGCUAAAGGAAUCUACUGUUAGAAGAAGAUACAGUGACUUUGAGUGGCUACGAAGUGAAUUAGAAAGAGAGAGCAAGGUUGUAGUUCCCCCACUUCCUGGGAAAGCGUUUUUGCGUCAACUUCCUUUUAGAGGAGAUGAUGGAAUAUUUGAUGACAAUUUUAUUGAGGAGAGGAAGCAAGGGCUGGAGCAGUUUAUAAACAAGGUCGCUGGUCAUCCUUUGGCACAGAAUGAACGUUGUCUUCACAUGUUUUUACAGGAUGAAAUAAUAGAUAAAAGCUAUACUCCAUCUAAAAUAAGACAUGCUUGAAAUUUGGCAAGAGGCAAAAACGUGACCCUUAAUGAUUCAUGUGCACUGGUGAAGACAUUCUAACUAUCCUUUAGCAUGCUGCACAGAAACUGGUAUAACAUGCCUUCCGUAUAGUAACACUCGCGUGCUCGGUUUUGUUUGGCAGUUGACAAGUUAAUUUGCUUUAGUGAAAAUCUCUCAUUCCAGCCUUUCUAUAUAAAUAAGCUCUUCCUUGCUGAUUUUGUGUGGUAUACACAGACCUUCCUCUAUAAUCUGCAGUGUCCUAACUAAAGAUUCUGACAUGGUCUUAUUUGCACAGUUUUUGUGUCAUGUUUGCUUCUUCACUCUAAUUAA